AGCCAGACGAUAGCGCAAAGAGGAGCGCACAAGAAUACUACAGGAGGUACGCGAAGGAACACCAUGAUGACAACUUUGGCUCCGGUUAUUUCUUGCGCAGGCUUCCGGCCUAGAGCAGUACGUUUCUUGCUGUGUACUUUCCUGUUGCAACUCCUGCCACCGCAUUAUGCAAUAUCUCUGGGCAUGAAGUUGAAGCACAGGUCGUACCAGCCGAUUUUGCCGAUCUCCGUGCGGACGCGCGAUGGACGGCGACCACCAGCAGGGGCGCCGCCUGUACAACACAUCAUGGCUAGUAGUGCUAUGAUAGCCGCACAGGCUAGUAAUUUUGGCGCAACAUCUACAACCUCGGCGUCAAGUGCCGCGGGAGUGCUAGGUGCGUUCAAUUCAGUAGGGGGACCACCUCCCGCUUCGAACUUGCAGCGCUCUUUGCCUUUUGACCGCCUCGAGCCCCCUCGUUCGGUGCAGCUGCCAUCCAGUCCAGAUGCAGCCACUAGUUCGUCGACACGCGGCACUGUCAGCGAUGGCCCGGCAGCUCCGUUGAAUGCAGGGGCGACGUCGACGUCGAGUCAUCUGACCGGAAACUCUGGCAGCGAGGGGAACAAUGAUAGUGACACAGAUGACCGCGACUCGGAUAAUUCAGGUUCCAUGUCCAGCAGGAGCAGUUCGGGCAUCAGUACCGUUUCAGAAUCUGAAGACAGCGAGGACGACGAGGACAGCCUCGGCAACGACCUAACCCCCGAGCAGGUCCGGGCGGAUCUCCGCCCUACCACAACUACCCCGCCAGACGCGCAGCACCGCUGUUUUGUUUGUCUAGAAGACGACAAAGACCGUCCGCUGCUCCGGUUUUGCGGCCGAUGCAACGCGAGGUGCCACAGCGACUGCUGGCAGGAGCACCGAGCGACUAAAGUACACGUGUCCGGGAUCUACCGGGACAGUCCCUACGAGGUCGGGUCCGCAGUCAAGUGCCCGCUGUGCCGCGGGAUGCUCCUGGGCGUCGCGCGGGAGAAGGUCGCACUGCUCUUCCCGCACGACUUGUGUACGAAUCAGAUCGCGGCGACGGCAGUCCUGAAUUGGUACACCCCGCCCCCAAGGAACGGCCGCAGACCGCCGAGCGAACCGUGGGAGGAAAUGCUGUUAGCGAUCCUGCUCGGCAGCAGCGAACCGGAGCGGAUUUACCCCAUGCGGGGGUCGAAGCGGUAUAAAGAAUUGAGUAACAUCCUUUACCGGAGGGAGGCCGCAGAAGAUUUGCCCUGGCUCCGGAAACUUUUCAAAAAGUACAACUCCGCUGUGCACGAGCCGCGGGAUACGAGCAGGACGGCGAGAAGACAUCAACAUCAGCGAGAGGCGACCGUUUGGAAGGUGCGGAGGUGCAAUGAGCGGAUUCUACAGAGGUGGUUCGAGAAAAAGCAACGGGAGAAGGAGGAACGCCAAAAUAGGAGCCUUCUGAACUACGCCAGAACCAUUGCAGUUUCCUCAGUGGACCUGGACGACGAUGAGAGAAGCAAUGACGACGAUGUCGAAGGUGGGAACUACACUGGCAGCAGCAGCAGCAUCAAACUCGGCCGCCCAGCAGCGAACAAGAGAUCAUGUCUACACCCGGUCGCGAAGUUUUUCUCUACUAGUAUGAGAACAUCAACCGCGCCGGAUCAUGGUCAAAAUUCCCGCGCCGGCGAACAGGAGAGCAAGAGCUCUGAUCAUGUUCGCCACUGUGCUCGGUUUUCUACACUCCUGGCAAGAAAUCUGGCGCAAAACUGCUGGACUUUGACCGACAGUUGUUGCUGCUGCGGCGACUCAUCGGCAAGAAAUGACCCGAAGCAACUCUUCAACCGCGGACAAGAUUUUUUGCACCGGACAAUGCCGCACGCGGCCGUCCAUGUAGGGAACGCAAAAGUACUAUCGUGGAUUAGUAUGCGGUUUGUGCAUCAUGAUAUUAACAAGGAAAAUGCAAAUGAUAUGAGUUAUGGACUUCGGCAUGCAUAUUCCGAUAGCACCAAAUCACAGCUGUCAUGCAUCGUUGCAAUCCGUACGACCGCGAUAGUACUCUUUGGCACAGGAUACCCGGCCUGCGACCGUAACUGCGAGUGUGCGGGGUUCUGCCUGGUCUUGGGCGUUGCGGGGACUGCGACGGCCGCCAGCUACGCCACGGAGCAAAUGGACUGUGUCUCCUGUUGUUUCUCCGCCACGGGUCUCUCCUGCGCGGGGCUUCUGGCCCCCCGAAUCCUGUGCUACGCGUGUUACUGGGGGCACCAGUGCGGCGCGUUCACGGGCGAGGACUGUGCGCGGUGCGUGAACGCGUCCUCGUGGAGUUGGUUGCGAACUGCUUACAACACGAUUUGCUGCACGAAGAACCCGCAACUACGACUACCAACAGUCCGGGAGGAAAGAAAAGCCUUCGAGAAGGAGCAGCGGACGCGGGAGAAGGAGCACGAUCUCUCACGGCUGUUGCAGAUCGACUACCCGUUGAGCAUGCGGCGGCGGGACUGCCUGCAGCGCCUCGACGGUUGCGAGUUUGCACCCUGUUGCUGCUGUCCCCAGGUUAUCGUAAGGAAAAAUCCCCCCUCCCCAUAUCGAAAACGUAUCCGUCUGAAAAUUUGUGAUGCGCAUUUGCGACCUCAAAUCCUGUCUGUCUUGCAAGAAGGCAAGUCCAGAAAGCGUUCCGCAUUUUGCAGGCGGUUUGUGAUGCUGUUUGGCUUAGUUAGAGCAUACACGUUUGUCAUGCUAGGCGCCUACGUCAAAACCUCUCGACUGAGGCUUGCCAUAUGCCUGCAUUUCUCUACUGCAAGACAAAUCUGAUUUGUGUAUGGAAAUCCAGCAUCAGAGCCUUCCUUCGUUUCGAUAUGGGGAGGGGGGAUUUUUCCUUUUGAUACAGGUGGGGCUUUGCUGUUUAGACGCGUGGGAGGAAGCGACGAAAGCGGCGGGUUGACUGGUGUUGAUCAGACCCCGGAUCGAUGAAGUUUCACUGCCUUAGUUGUUUGUACACAAGACAAUGUGCCAUGGAUCAUGGUGUCGGUAAAAAUUUGCUUGUGAAUAUAGGUUAUUUCACUUGAAAGAUUGUUCGAAGUCGUCAGGUAAAAUUGCAUUUUGCUGCACGGAGGUCGUGACCUUCCGAGUUACGUCGCUAUUGAUUGUUUGAAAAACGAAAGGAAUACAGAUAGAUUUUGAUGUUUUUGCGAAACGAAUACUUGGAUACUUUGUUUUUAGAGCGGUAAUGGCUCAUCUCUCGUUUUUGUCGUCAGCGAAAUGUUUCAACCAAAACUUUAGAUUUUCUGCUAACUUUCGAAAUUAUGAAUCGAGUUGUCAUACUCAGACACAUACUCAGGCGUGCUUUUUGCAACGCCGUCAC